CAGAUUCUAUUCGAAUUUGAAGAACAUAUAACGGUGAGAAUCUGAGUAGGAUACUCUGUUUAUCUUAUAUUUCCUUUGGGCCUUGUCCUAGUCGUACGUGUUGUGAGGUACCUUGAGCCAUCGCGCCAGUCCCCCAUUUCUUUUUAUUAUUUUCGUUUCUUUAUACCCAGUACGACAUACCGAACAAGCCGAUAUCCCAACCCGCUUAUACCGAUACUGCCUUCACGACCUACCAUGGACACCCAACCCUCGUUCGGAACUGCCACCGGCAGCGAUUAUUUCCAGCGACCCCAGUCACAACCUCAAUCCCAGCCUGCGCCGAGUCAGAAUGAAUCAAAGAAACAUGUUCGAAUGUGUUGGAUAUGUCAUGACGAAGUAGAACCGACGUAUGAAGAGACGGGUUUCUUAGACGGCCUUCGUAAUCGACGGCCAAAAAGGCAUUAUGUUUCUGAGGAUGGAGGUCGCCUCAUCAACCCGUGUCUCUGCAAAGGCAGCGUUAAAUACGUCCACGAAGAUUGCUUGAAACUCUGGAUGAACGAAAACCCCAACGCUUGGAAGUGUAGUCGAUGUCAAUAUCAGUAUAGGAUGGAGCGGUUUACCUGGGCCCAACGACUCCGGAGCCCACUCGUAGCUCUCGGGCUCACUAUCCUUAUCCUCCUCGUUACGAUAUUUUUACUUGGGUUUGUAGCCGACCCUCUUCUCAACUUGUGGCUUGAUCCUGUCGGUACCAUAACGGAGUCGGUCACGACAGGUCACAUUAGUUUAGAUGACGAUAUGGAUAUACUAUCCAAGGAAUCGGGUUGGUUCGGUCACUUCAUAAAAGGACUUUUCUCGUUGGGCUUGCUUGGAUUCGUCAAGGCGUUCCUUGUUAUGAGUCCGUGGCAAUGGUGGAACUUGCGGACCAGCGGCAUCAUAGGUGGAGGAGGAGGUCGUCGUGCUGGAACUGGGCGUGAGCGCAUGGAAAAUAUCAACUUGGCUCUCGUCAUCAUUGGUGUCUUCACGUUCUUAUAUACGGUGUGGAAAGCUACACGAAAGUGGACUGAGCGGACUCUCGAUAGAGCAAGCCAGAGGAUCCUGAAUGUCCAGCGCGAUAAUAAUGAUAAUAGCGCUGACGAUAGCGAUGACGAAGAUUAGUCUCCCUAGAUAGGAAGAGCUAUAAACAAUUUAUUGAUCCUUAUUCGUGUGUGAGGUAUGCAACCUGUCAAAUAAUUUGGUUAUCUUGCCCCUAACUAAGGGAACGAAUCGGGCGUACCCGGAGACAUAUCCCCUUAACUAGCAUAAAAUAUGACCUGGUAAUCAGACGGCUUAUCAUAUUGUACAAUUUGGCAUUGCAGGCAUCCCCAAUAGCAAAGCAAUAGCGCUUCAGUCGUGCUGAUCUUCAAUCUUCUUGAUGAAGUCCUGUACAGUAUUG